AUGUUAUUACAAUUCAAGUGUCAAUUAACGAAGUUUUAAAAAAUGACGUUUAAAGAUGGCAAACAGACGAUUCCAGAAAUUAAUGCUUAAAAAAUGGAAUGUAAAUAUAAUUUUUAUUUACGUUUCACAUCGCGCGCUCGUGUGCCAAAUUCGCAAAAAGAAUCAUUGUCGUAAUUGCAACCGCUCAAAUCUUGGUGUUCCCCACCGCCCGAUUAAAACCCACUAUUUUACGGUGACCCCUUCCAGUCGGUAGUGACAGAUAACAGUCGAGCAAUGUUCAGGCCGUGAAUUCUAUCCAAGGCCGAUCGUAUACGUGUUUCAUAAUUUUUUAGACGACAUCAAAACCUUGACGGUAUGAGUAGUGGUUUGGACGUUAUCAGCGGCUCUCUGAGAGUCCGUAACAGCACGUUUACUGCGUCGGGAAAUUUAAAUAAUUACAAAAAUUGCAAAGUGAAUGAAGUGAAAGGAUGUCCAAGUAUUAUGUCCCCAGAGACCAAGAGAUUGUUGCCGCCAAAUACGGAGACUGUUCAGACGAAACCGUUUCCUAUCCGAGGAGAACGUGCAAAUUAUGUCAACAGUCCACAUGUCAUCGCCAUGGUCGGAUUACCCGCCCGAGGCAAAACUUAUAUUUCGAAGAAGCUCUCGCGUUACUUGAAUUGGAUCGGAAUCAACACCAGAGUUUUCAACUUGGGAGAAUACAGAAGGCACGCAACGACCGCCUAUCAGAAUCACGAUUUUUUUCGGGCGGACAAUGCUGAAGCUAUGGCCAUACGGGCGCAAUGCUGUACGGAAGCGCUUCAAGACGUUUGUCACUGGCUCGAGUGCGGCGGAGAAGUUGCCGUUUUCGAUGCCACGAAUUCGACGCAAGAGAGGCGAAAAGUUAUACAAGAAUAUGUAGUGGAGAAGAUGGGCUUCAAACUGUUUUACGUCGAAUCCAUAUGCGACGAUCCUCAGAUUAUUGAACAGAACAUAAUGGAGGUAAAGGUGAGUAGCCCUGACUACACCAACAUGGACAAAGAAACUGUUUUGGACGAUUUUUUAAAAAGAAUACAACACUAUCAGGAAAAGUACGCGCCGCUGGACGAAGAAAAGGAAAAAGAAGUUUCCUUUAUGAAAAUAUAUAAUACGGGAGAAAAGGUUGUUGUACACAAGCACGAAGGGCACGUACAAGCUAGGAUUGUUUAUUAUUUAAUGAAUAUUCACAUCACGCCGAGAACAAUUUAUUUAACCAGGCAUGGUGAAAGCGAGCACAACUUGGAAGGCCGCAUAGGUGGUGACUCAAACUUGAGCGCUAGAGGCAUUCAGUUCGCGAAUGCCAUCUCGGCAUAUAUUUCGGAACAAAAGAUUGAGGGUCUUAGAAUUUGGACGUCAUGGUUAAAACGUACUAUUCAGACUGUCUCUGGUUUAGAUGUACCUCAGGAAAGGUGGAAGGCUCUUAAUGAGAUUGAUGCUGGCGUCUGUGAAGAAAUGACUUACGAAGAAAUUAAAGAAAAAUAUCCUGAAGAGUUUGCAUCUAGAGACCAAAACAAGUUUGCAUACAGAUAUCCCAGAGGCGAGAGUUAUGAAGACUUGGUAGCUCGGUUAGAGCCCGUAAUAAUGGAGCUGGAAAGACAAGGGAAUGUUUUGGUGGUGUCUCAUCAGGCUGUUUUGAGGUGCUUGUUGGCAUACUUCUUGGAUAAAUCCGCAGAUGAACUACCGUAUCUCAAAGUACCUCUUCACACGAUAAUUAAACUAACCCCCGUCGCAUAUGGUUGCCGAGUUGAGCACAUAAAAUUGCCGAUUGAUGCAGUUGACACCCACCGCGCUAAACCAAAGGAACCGGGCCAAGUAGUAACCACUGUACUAACACAAGAUGUGUCCUAAAAAAAGAACUCGAGUGCUUCUCACUAGGACACUUCUAGAUAUAUUAACCUCUCCAAAUAGUUGUGUUCUUAUAGAUAUGUAGAUAUAUUUAAAGUUUUUUUCAAAAUUUGUCUCUCUUUCGCUUGAUCUGUUUUGUAUGUUUCAUUGUUUGGGCGUUCUCCUCAAUUAAUCAUUUCUAGUAAUACUUAAAAUUAUUUUGGUACCUAGAAAAUUGUUGACAUGAUUAUUAAUUUGCGUUUCCUGAGAUAUUUUUCGUAAUUUGCUAGUAGAACUCGCAUCUCGAAAUUUAAGCACGCAAACAAAUAAAGCAUAGAGAACUAACCCUUUUUUUAUUUCGUUCAUCUUGCUCUCUUCUUGUUUUCAAUCUAAUUUGAAAAUUUCUUCUUGCCAUUUUAAUUACUAUACUUUCAUGUGAAAAAUUCUGUCCAAUUCUUCUAUGCUUGUACCAAAAUUCAAAAUUAUUUAGAAUUGCAAUAAGUAACUCGCUUUUAGUAAAUGGUGUAAUAUUAAUGAUAUAUAUUUUUCAAGGUUCCUGGUGAGCUAGAAGAGAAAUUCAUUCGCAAAAAUACGGUAAAAAACCAAAGCAACUCGACAUAAAAAAAAUAAAUUAUUUUGAGAAAUGACUGAGUACAGGGUGCCUAAAAAACAACGGACGACCUGUGAGAUGUCGAUCUUCAUUCAUGUGAUUAUAUCCAUUUAAAAUUAAAUUUAACGUGUCCAAAGAUUGGUUUUUAGGAGAUAAAACAAUUGAAGUCAGCGUUGUGUUUGUAAAACAGAAUUUGAAAUGUGCAAUUUUUCUUGUAUUUUUUUGUCCUGUUUUAUUUAAAAUUAAAAUAUUGUGAAUGCUGCUAAGUGUUUCUAUUCUUAUGUCUAGUAGGUAGGAA